AAGGGAACAGGGCAGGGAGAACGAGGGAGCUUCACCGAAGUCUUUGCUAUGGCGGAAUCUAAGGAAGAACUGGAGCCCUUGUUUGAUUACAGACGUGUACAACCUAGUCAUGUUGUGUGCCUCGAAGACGACGAGGAGGACGAGGUCGUGGUUUAUGCUGGUAAAAAGAGGAAGACUUGUCAUCCUGUUAUGAAUGGUAAGAAUCAAGAGAAAUCGGUGGAGGUGGUCGAUAUUGAGGAUAAAGAGGAUGACUGGCUACCUCCUCCACCAAAGGUCUCGAGAGAUGCAUCGAAGUCGCUUGCGGAGGAUUCAACAUUAAAGGAGUUGAGAUUAAAAAAGCAGGAGCUUGUCUCAUUUGCACAAUCUGCAAAAGACAUGCUACAAGAAGUUAAGGAGUCUGCAAAGAGGGAGCUUGAUAAUUUAUUGCAGACUUCUGUGGAUGCUGCAAUUGAGAAAACAUCAAAACCAUCUGAAAGAGUUAAGGUUGUCAUCUCUAUACAAGACAAGGAUGGAGUGAAGCAGUUUCGUGUGUACAUGGAUGACAAGUUUGAACGGAUCUUCAAAAUGUAUGCAGAUAAAGUAAAGCUUGACCAGACACAUUUAGUAUUUUCUUUUGAUGGGGAUAGAAUUAAUCCGUCCCAAACUCCUGGUGGCCUUGGGAUGGAAGAUGAUGAUAUCAUUGAAGUUCAUGUGAAGUCAAGCUGACCAAGGCUCUUGCUUCAAUCAUGGAACUGAAAUCAACCCUUUUUUGUGCCUCUUCUGGGAGUUACAUUGCCUUCAAAGUUAAUCUCAUAAUGCUUUUAUGAGAAAACGGUGUAUUUUUUGAUAUAGAUGCAAUAUUUGACUCAAUUGUACAGCUUAGAAUUUAUGAAUUUAUUCUGAAACACCGGUUUGGUAGAUUUUCUUGGUUAUAUGGUAUAGGGUUGUUGACAGUGUGCUGUACCUAUUCUUAGACGUGAAUCAUGCUAGGGUUUCUGCACUUUUUAUAAGUUGACCACCUUUUAUCAUGAUCUAGUUGAAUGGAGAUAUUUGGUUGAAAUGAAUUGUGUCAAUAACUUAAUAUUAACAAGUCUUUCACUCAAUGUAUAUUUCCGUUUCUUGGAA